GAAGUGUACAAGGGGGGCCCAUAGAACUUACAACUAAUUAGUUUCUUAUUGUCUUUUGUUAAAUAACCACUUAUAUUAUUUUUAUAAAAAAUAAUUAUCUUUGAGGGCCGUAUAAUAUUAAUAUUUUGUUUUUCACGACGAUGCUAAAUUUUAGGAAACUUCUUACUCUCAAAAUGCUUCCUAAUCAUCAACUGGUAGCAGCAGCUCCCAUGAAUUAUUCUACUGUUCAAAACUCUGCAUAUAUUAAUGGAAAGUGGAUCAAUGCCUCUAAAGGUCAGUUUUUUAAAGUUUUUAAUCCUGCUAAUGGACAAUGUAUCGCUGAUGUUCCCAACUUAGGAGUGGAAGAUGUAUCAGAGGCUAUUGAUGUUGCCGAGAAGGCAUUCCAGUCAUGGAGUAAUAAACCUGGAAAAGAAAGAAGUCAGUUUCUUCGAAAAUGGUUUAAUGUAAUUACUGAAAACAGUGAAUCAAUUGCUAAAAUUUUAAGUGAUGAAAGUGGAAAGCCUUUCAGUGAAGCAUUAGGUGAAGUACAAUAUGGAAAUUCUUUUGUUGAAUGGUUUUCAGAAGAGGCAAGGAGAGUUAAUGGAGAAAUUUUAUCUUCUCCAGUAUCAACAAGAGAGUUAAUGCACAUCAAGCAACCAGUAGGAGUUGCAGCUUUGAUAACACCUUGGAACUUUCCUUUAGCUAUGAUUACUCGUAAAGCAGGAGCUGCUUUAGCUGCUGGUUGUACUUGUGUCAUUAAACCUGCAGAAGAUACACCACUUACAGCUUUAAUUUUAAUGGAAUGUGCUGAAAAAGCAGGUAUUCCUGCUGGAGUUCUUAAUGUUGUUCCAUGUGAUCGUAACAAUGCUGCUAGUGUUGGCCAGUUACUAUGUGAAAAUCCUAAAGUAGGGGUCAUAACUUUUACAGGUUCUACUGCUGUUGGUAAACUAUUAUACAAGCAAUGUUCAGGAAGUGUUAAAAGAAUUGCCUUAGAAUUGGGUGGUAAUGCUCCUUUCAUUGUAUUCAAAAGUGCUGAUUUGACAAAAGCUGUGUUAGGCGCGGUUGGUGCAAAGUUCAGAAACUGUGGACAGACCUGUGUUAGUCCUAAUAGAUUUUUGAUUGAAAAUGACAUAUUUGAUGAAUUUGUCAAUUCAAUUACAAGCUAUAUCAAAGAAAAUAUUACAUUUGAUUCAAAAUCUACUGGUAAAAUGCAGAUCGGGCCUCUGAUUAACAAAGCUCAGUUAGAAAAGGUAGACAAUAUCGUGCAAGAUGCUAUUAAAAAGGGAGCCAAAGUUCAUAUUGGUGGGAAAAAAGCCUCUGAUGUUGGUGAACUUUUUUAUGAGCCUACAGUUUUGACUAAUGUUACUCCAGAUAUGAUUUGUUACAAUGAGGAAAUAUUUGGACCUGUGAUUAGUUGUAUAAAGUUUUCAGAUGAAAAUGAGGCUUUAAAAGUAGCCAACGGAACUAAUUCAGGCUUAGCUGGCUAUUUCUACUCAAAAGAUGUUUCACAGAUAUUCCGAGUUUCAAAAAAGAUUCAAGUGGGUAUGGUUGGCAUAAAUGAAGGAAUAAUUUCUACAGCUGAAGCUGCAUUUGGUGGUAUUAAAGAAUCGGGCUUGGGCCGUGAAGGCUCACAUCACGGAAUCGAAGAAUUUGUUAACAUAAAAUAUUUGUGCUUUGGUGAUUUAUAAAAUUAGUUAUUAGAUUUUCUCAAAAUUGUUAUUUUAGUUUAUUUACAUUUACUUAGUAUAAGUAAUUCAAUACAGUAAUUUAA